CAAAUGUGGUUUGUAAAUACUGAACAGUCUAUAGUCGCGAGAAUUUACUCGGGCAAAGCGAACGUAUUAUUUUUUUCAUCAAAUCAAUUAAUUGUUUUUUAUAUUAGUUAGACUCUAACGAACAUGAUCGCGAUUUUAGUAUUAAUUCUAUUAGUGGUAAUAGUUUUGUAUUCGUGGGUUGUAUUAUUGAGAGAUAGUAAGUCGUUCAAUGUUCCCGGACCACGACCUCUGCCUAUAGUGGGCAAUGGACAUUUAUUCAUCACAAAGCCAUCAGAAUUCAUAUCACUUCUUAAGAAUUUCAAAGUGGAAUUCGGAGAUGUUUUUCGAGUCCAUUUGUUCCACAACCCCUAUGUAAUAAUAUCACAUCCGAAAUAUGCGGAGCCCUUACUAGCACAUAAUGACCUGAUCACUAAAGGGCGAUCCUAUUAUUUCCUUCGACCUUGGCUUGGAGACGGACUUCUUACAUCUACAGGUUUUAGAUGGAGGACGACUCGCAAAUUUUUGACUCCAGCAUUUCAUUUUAACAUUUUGCAAAAUUUCUUGCCUGUUUUUUUGAAAAACGAGAAGAUAUUAAUUAAGAAACUGCAAAAUUACGCCGAUGGAAAAUCGUUUGACUUGUUUCCAGUUAUAGCACUGACUGCUUUGGAUAAUGUUACAGAGUCUAUAAUGGGAGUUUCUGUGGAAGCCCAAAACAAUAGUGAAUCAAAAUAUGUAAAAUCAAUAGAAACCAUAGCCAAGAUUACAUCAUUGAGAAUGCAGAAUCCCUUCAUAGGAGAAGAUGCAAUUUUUAACUUUCUUCAUUAUAAAAAAGCUCAAGACGAAGCACUGAACGUUCUGCACUCUCAGACAAGGAAAGUAAUAGAAAUUCGGCGAGAGGAAUUGAAAAAUGCAAACAUAACCGACUUGAAGGAAUACAGUGAUACAGGUAUGAAAAAUAAACACGCCUUUUUGGAUUUGCUGUUAUUAUCCAAGGUAGACGGCAAAAACAUCGACGAUGAACACGUCAGAGAAGAGGUCGACACGUUUAUGUUCGAGGGUCACGAUACUACUACAUCCGGUAUCUCCUUCACAUUGUAUUGUCUGGCAAUACAUCCUGAAGUUCAGCAGAAAAUUCUUGAUGAACAAAGAAGUAUCCUUGGAGAAAAUUUGGAUAGGGAUCCAAGUUAUGUAGAACUCAAAGAGAUGAAAUAUUUGGAGUUAGUCAUCAGAGAGAGUCUUCGACUGUAUCCCUCAGUACCACUCAUUGAAAGACUUAUGACUAAAGAUACAGAAAUAGCUGGACUAAAGCUAAGAAAGAAUACAUCAGUGAUAGUGAACAUAUUCGAGAUACAUCGUCAUCCCGAGCUCUAUGACAAUCCUAUGGAAUUUCGUCCGGAGAGACACAGCACGUUGGAAGCCAACUCCGCAAAGAAUGCCUUCAGUUGGCUCGCUUUCAGCGCUGGACCUAGGAAUUGUAUUGGUCAAAAAUUCGCAAUGAUGGAACUGAAAGUCACUGUGGCGAGUGUCAUCAAAAGCUUCAUAGUGCUACCAGCGGAUUCUAAAGAACCAGGAUUGUGUGCGGAGCUUAUUUUGAGGAGUGACAGUGGUAUUAACGUUAAAUUGAAACCUAGGAAUAAAAAUUACUAGCAUUAAUAAAUUUCACUAUGUUUAGGUUGUAAAAGAAAUGCAAAUCAUAAUUAUUUCUAAGUAGGUUCGAACACUGGUAAACGGCUUUGGUGAUUGUUUUCUGAUCUACAAAAAAUAUCAUA